AUGACGGAAAAAGUAAAACUAUUUACCAGAAAGGAGCUCGAAAGCCAGAACUCUCGUGAAGAGGCAAUAAUUAUUAUCGACAAUUCUGUAUAUGAUGUGACCAAGUUUUUGGACGAGCAUCCUGGUGGUGAAGAAGUACUUUUAGAAUUGGCAGGACAAGACGCCACAGAUGCUUUUGAAGAUAUCAGUCACAGUUCUGACGCUAGAUCGUUAAUGAAAAAGUACAAAAUAGGCGAAGUGGUGGAGGCGGACCGGAGACAGAUGAAACCCGCGCACCCGACCGUGUGGAACAACGACAAGCAGAUCGAGUUGAACAACUGGAGCUCCUGGCUGGUGCCGCUGAUGCUGGGCCUGGCGGCCACGGUGCUCUUCCGAUACCUUUUUCUC